AUGGCUGCUCAGGCCCGUGGGUCUGGCCUCCUCUUCUCCCUACUGGCGCUGCAGGUAUCCCUGGCUGCAGUCUUCGUGGCCCGGGAGGAGGCGCACGGUGUCCUGCGCAGGCAGCGGCGGGCCAACACCUUCUUGGAAGAGCUGUGGUCCGGCUCGCUGGAGCGGGAGUGCAAGGAGGAACUGUGCUCCUUUGAGGAGGCUCGCGAAAUCUUCCAGAGUCCCGAGAGGACGAAGCAGUUCUGGAUCUCCUACAGUGAUGGGGACCAGUGUGCCUCAAACCCGUGCCAGAAUGGAGGCUCCUGCGAGGACCAGCUGCAGUCCUACAUCUGCUUUUGCCUGCCUGACUUCGAGGGCCGCAACUGUGACAAGAACAAGAACGACCAGCUGAUCUGUGCCUAUGAGAACGGGGGCUGUGCCCAGUAUUGCAAUGACCACAUUGGGGACAAGCGCUCCUGCCGCUGCCAUGAGGGCUACAUGCUGCAGCCUGAUGGAGUGUCCUGCUCACCUGCAGUUGAGUAUCCGUGUGGAAGAAUACCUGUUCUUGAAAAGAUGGGAGCCAGCAAUGCCCAGGGCCGGAUUGUGGGCGGCAAAGUAUGCCCCAAAGGGGAGUGCCCAUGGCAGGCGGCGCUGAUGGUGAACAAUGGCACGCUGCUGUGUGGGGGCUCCCUGGUGAACCCCCACUGGGUAGUGUCUGCAGCCCACUGCUUCGACAAGCUCCGCAGCCUGAGGAACCUGACCAUUGUUCUGGGGGAGCAUGACCUCAGCAAGAACCAGUGGGAUGAGCAGGUGCGUCGUGUGGCCCAGAUCAUCGUCCCUGACAAGUAUACCCCGGGCAGGACUGACCACGACAUUGCCUUGCUGCGCCUGCGCCGGCCCGUGGUCCUCACUGAUCACGUGGUGCCCCUCUGCCUGCCAGAGCGUGGCCUGUCGGAGCGCACGCUGGCCAGCGUCCGCUUCUCACGGGUCAGCGGCUGGGGCCAGCUGCUGGACCGCGGCGCCUCGGCCCGGCAGCUCAUGGCCAUCCAUGUGCCACGGCUGAUGACCCAGGACUGCCUGGAGCAGUCGGACCGCAAGCCAGGCAGCCCGGAGAUCACAGAGAACAUGUUCUGUGCCGGCUACUUGGACGGCAGCCAGGACGCGUGCAAGGGGGACAGCGGGGGCCCCCAUGCCACCCCCUACCAUGGCACGUGGUAUCUCACGGGCGUGGUCAGCUGGGGCGAGGGCUGCGCGGCUGUGGGCCAUUUUGGGGUGUACACACGGGUCUCACGCUACACCGAGUGGCUGAGCCGGCUCAUGCGCUCCAAGCCAGGCCCCAGUUUCGUGCGCGCCCCAUUCCCCUAG